AUGGGCCGAGUGGGUCUGAUUGAAAUCCUCAUGGACUUCAGUGGCGUUACCCCAGGGAUGGCUAGGCCCCAGCAAGGCAUUGGUAGUGCUGCUUUCUUUGAGGAACAGAAAUGCUUAGAAACGGUGGAACUGGAGAGCUAUGAGAAGUGCCAGGAUCUGCGCGCUCUCUUGAAAAGGAAAAACCGUUUCAUUUUAAUUCGAUCCCCGGGUAAGAAGGUCCAUGAUAUCAAAUUUCAGGGGCAGAAUGCGGAAGAGAAAGAAUCAUGGAUGAAAGCCCUGAAUGAAGGGAUCGGCAGAGCCAAAAAUAAAAUACUUGAUGAGGUGAAGAUAGAUCAGAGCCUUUCCCUGGAACAUGUGACUCGAGACAGAGUGAAAGUGAGUCAUGGGCGCAGACCACCCACCAGAAUUCACCUGAAAGAGGUUGCCAAGUCUACAUCGGAUGGAAUCUUGAGGCUGGAUCUGGAUAUGGUAGAUAAUGGCCCCCCAGACUUCACCUUGACUGUGAGCGAUAAUGAGAACGUCCCUCCUCCAAAGGAAACUCCAAAGCCACCUAUGCCUCCUACAAAGCCCAGUGUCAUAUCAGAGAAGCCGAGUGCGGAUAAUAGCGUUGCUGAUCAAGAGCUUAAAAAGCCUCUGUUGCCUCCAGCUAAGAAGUUGAAGGAGAGUACACCGUCAAAGGAUGAUCUGAACGACAAGGAUGUGGGUUCAGUCAGUCAAGGUGAAGAGGGUGAAGAACCCAAAGCCUCAGCAGGGGACAAUGAAGAGAAUCUCAUGGAGGUUAGCGACAGCAGCAUGGCAAAGCCUCCGAUUCCUCCUCCUAAAAUCUUAUCGGACAAGCUGAAAGGGGUCAGUUGGGAUGAACCAGCCCCUCACCCUCAAAGCACAGAAGGUUUGGAACCAUCCAAAGGUGGCAGUAAAGAAAACCUCACAGAGGUGGUCACAACGGCUACUGUGAAACCUCCACUUCCUCCUAAAAUUUUAUCAGAAAAAUUGACAGCAAGUAUGGAUGCCACCCCGAGCAGUUUAGAGGCGAAGAGUUCAGAAGGCAAGGAGCCCCAUGAUUCCACCUCCUCCAGGGAUGGAAUGGAAGACGGGGAAGUGACAGAAUCCACUCCCCAAAAAGUAGAGCGUGAAGAAGGAAGUGAGAGAGUUGCUGUUGAGAAAGAGAAGCCGCAAACAAUACAGGAACAAAUAAAGACUUCCUUAGAUACUGAAGCAAAGCAGGAAAGUACAGAGGUUCCUAGUAAAGAGAAAACACUUUUACCACAGACCAUAGCAAAUUCCUCGCCUUUCAGACCUCGCUGUGCAUCUCUAGGAGAUCUGCUGAAUGAAUCGAAAAAUGCAGAAAAAGAACUUCUGGGUCCAGGCUUCCACAAGGAGCCCCAAUCCUGCCUGGCUAAAAUGGAGGAGAAAGUGGCUUGCGAAAGGGAAAAGACAGAAAAACUUCUGCAAAAGGUUUUAUGCCAAGAGUUAGAACAAGCACAGGAGGGAAAUGGACCCCCAGUAAACGCAGAGACAUUACUCAAUGAGGCAGUAGAACAGCUUCGGCAAGCAACACAAGUCCUACAAGAAAUUAAAGGGUUAGGAGAACUGAAUAAGGAACCGACAGAGAAACAGAAAGAAAAGCCGAAGGAUCUAGUAACUCUUUAUAGGAGAAGUGCUCCCUGAGAUGUACUUAAGAAGACACUUCUUUCUUACAAUCAAGCUAAAAAUUUGCUAUUUACGACUUAUACCAUUGCUUGGCCAGUGUUAAAUAAGGUUAUGUUUUGCUAUGCACACACGAUGCAUUCAGAGCAGGGCAUUUCAGUUAUAAUUUUCUUUUUGUUAUGUUUUUAUGCCAUAUUCCCAUCCCUUAUCACAAUAGGAAGUUAGAGGACAUUGAACAUCAGUUGCAAAAAUGUGAAUAUUCUUUAAGGUCUUGAUCCAAAGCUCAUUGACGUCAGCGGAAAACCACCAAUGGGCUUUGGAUUAAACCCU